GAGAGCUUGGGAACAAUUUACCACCAACAAGAGCCAGCAGAGAGAGGAUACAACCUUCUUACCUAGAUAGUGAUUAGUGAAGCAAGCUGGGUUAGACAACAACCAGCAAGCUUCAUCAUCGCAGAGCUGCUGCCCGUAGGAAUCAGACGCUCGACUGCGGCAAAUCCAUAUCCGGCCCGGCAACAAGUGUUGAAAGCGCGAGGCGUCGCCGUCUCCCUCCGCCGAUCUCCGCCGCGCCGCCGCCCCGCCCCGUGCCGCCGGUGAGCUCAUCCCUAGCCUCGUUCUCUUGCUCUUCUGGAUCAGGAGGAAGCGCUUAUUCUCCCGCUAGGUUGGUCUGUGCGUGCACCACCGGAGGUGUUUGGGUCGGGUGGAGAGCGAGGUUGUCGACUGGCGCGGGGAGGAGGGGGGUCUGCCUGCUCAUGCUGCGGACCGGCCGGAGCCCUCGGCGACGGGCAUUGAGGCGCGGGGCGGAGGGGGCUGCUGGUGUGCAGGCUGGCGAGGUAGGGUGGCGGAGGCGCGGGGAGGGACUGGGUGGGAGUAGCGGCCAGCCAUGGGGAACAGCACCUCCAGGGUCGUCGGCUGCUUCGCGCCGGCGGACAAGGCCGGCGUCGACCUGGAGUUCCUGGAGCCGCUGGAUGAAGGGCUCGGCCAUUCCUUCUGCUAUGUGCGGCCACCUGCGGCCGUCACCGAUUCGCCGGCCAUCACGCCGUCCAACUCCGAAAGGUACACGCUCGACUCCAGCGUGCUGGACUCGGAGACCCGCAGCGGGUCCUUCCGGCAGGAGGUUGCCGACGACCUGGCGGCCGGGUUGCAGAGGCCGGCCAAGAGCUUCUCGGAGACCACCUUCCGGACGAUAUCGGGGGCCUCGGUCAGUGCGAACGCUUCAUCUGCCCGGACAGGCAAUCUGUGUGUGUCCCUUGCUGGUGAUGUGCAGGAGCCUGCUGCCACGUUCGAGAGCACCGCAUCAUUCGCCACUGUUCCAUUGCAGCCGGUGCCGCGGGGAUCAGGGCCGCUCAAUACAUUCUUGUCAGGGCCGCUAGAGAGAGGAUUCGCGUCCGGGCCACUGGACAAAGGUGCCGGGUUCAUGUCCGGGCCAUUAGAUAAAGGAGUUUUCAUGUCUGGUCCUAUUGACAGCGGCAACAAAAGCAAUUUCUCAGCACCUCUUUCGUAUGGUCGGAGGAAGGCUGGCCUCGGACAGCUUGUGCGUAGCAUUAGCAGACCGAUGAGAAGUGCGCUGUCAAGAACAUUUAGCAGGAGCUCACAGGGUCCUGGUUGGGUCCAAAAAUUUCUGUUGCAUCCUAUGGCUCAUCUAAGCUUGUCGAGGGAUGCAAAGUGCACGUCAGAAGGUUCACAUAAUGGCUUGGAAUCUGGGUUACCUGAACCUGAGUAUAGCGUAACGAGGAACCUGCAGUGGGCUCAUGGCAAGGCAGGAGAGGAUAGGAUUCAUGUUGUUUUAUCUGAAGAGCAAGGGUGGCUAUUUAUUGGAAUUUAUGAUGGAUUUAGUGGUCCUGAUGCACCGGAUUUCUUAAUGAGCAACCUAUACAAGGCCAUUGAUAAAGAACUGGAAGGACCUCUCUGGGUUUAUGAAGACAGUCCUGAAAGGAGUGCUCAUGCAUCUACUCUUGGAGAGGAUGAAUCAGCUGCAGCUCCUCAUGACCUGCCUAAUGGAGGUGACAUUCAGUCCCAUACUGAAAAUGUUAAACCAGAACAACUUGCUGAUCUUGAAAAAGAAAAUAUAUCCAAUGGGAAGAUAAGUGAUGAUGGUGAUUUGCAAGUUCAGUCGGGCUUGAACACCGGUGCGCAGAGAGAUUUAGUAUCACAAAUUUCAAGUAAUCAUAGGUUAAAUGCUGGUGAAAUAGUUGAGGAAAAGGUGGGGGAUGAUGUGGGGAAUAAUCUCCAGGGUACAGAAUCUUAUAACUCAGGCAGAGAUAUUUCAAAUAUAGAUGUAAACACUAGCUGUAGUUGUACAUCAGAACAUAGUACUUAUUGUAAUGAAGAUGUCAAAUCAUCAAAAGAAAUCAGAACAAGCAAACGACUUUUUGAGCUACUUGAGAUGGAAUUGCUUGAAGAAUAUAAUAGAAAUAUUUCCAAAUCGUCACUAGAGGGAAGGAAAGGGAGGAAUUUAUUUAAUAUGCAAGCAGGAACUACAGAGGAAAGCUCUAGGGAUAUAGCAGAGCUCUCAAGGUGUUCAUUGGCAGAAUCUGGAGAAUGCCUUGUUGAUUUUGAGAAUGAUAAACAUUCAAGAAGAGACGAUAGUGUGCUUGGGGUUGAUCCAAAAGAGUGUAAUGAAUGUUCAAUUUCAUCAUCAUCAUCAGGGCACAAGCAAAUUCUGAGAAGAUAUUUGUUUGGGUCAAAGUUGAGGAAGUUGUACAAGAAGCAAAAACUAUUGCAGAAGAAGUUUUUCCCUUGGAACUAUGAUUGGCAUAGAGACCAACCUCAUGUUGAUGAAAGUGUUAUCAAACCUUCUGAAGUCACUAGGAGAUGCAAGUCAGGACCAGUAGACCAUGAUGCUGUAUUAAGGGCAAUGUCCCGGGCACUUGAAAAAACCGAGGAAGCAUACAUGGACAUAGUGGAAAGGGAGCUUGAUAAAAAUCCAGAGCUUGCUUUGAUGGGUUCAUGUGUGCUUGUGAUGUUGAUGAAGGAUCAGGAUGUAUAUGUUAUGAACCUCGGAGAUAGUCGAGUUAUCUUGGCACAGGAUAAUGAGAAAUACAACAACUCAAGCUUCUUAAAAGGUGAUUUAAGACAUCGAAACAGGUCAAGAGAGUCACUUGUCUGCGUUGAACUUGAUAGGAUAUCUGAGGAGUCACCAAUGCAUAAUCCUAACAGCCACCUAAGCAGCAACACCAAAACUAAGGAACUGACUAUUUGUAAAUUAAAGAUAAGAGCAGUUCAACUAUCGACAGACCAUAGUACAAGUGUUGAGGAGGAAAUCUCGAGGAUCAGGGCAGAACAUCCUGAUGACCCUAAAUCUGUAUUUAAUGACAGGGUGAAAGGACAGUUGAAGGUUACUAGAGCAUUUGGUGCAGGCUUUCUAAAGAAGCCAAAAUUUAAUGACAUGCUACUUGAGAUGUUUCGCAUCGACUAUGUUGGAACAUCAUCAUAUAUCAGCUGCAACCCUGCUGUCCUUCACCAUCAUCUUUGCUCAAAUGAUCGGUUUCUUGUCCUGUCCUCAGAUGGGCUGUAUCAAUAUUUCACCAAUGAUGAGGUAGUUUCACAUGUUGCAUGGUUUAUGGAAAAUGUACCAGAGGGUGACCCUGCACAAUAUCUUGUAGCUGAGCUGUUAUGCCGUGCAGCAAAAAAGAAUGGCAUGGAUUUUCAUGAAUUGCUAGAUAUCCCUCAGGGCGAUCGCCGAAAAUACCAUGAUGAUGUUUCUGUUAUGGUAAUUUCUCUUGAAGGCCGAAUUUGGCGCUCUUCUGGAUGAGCAUCAAGAUGAGACUUGGUGUUCCUUGCAGCCUCGCUUAGCGUAGUGAAUUAUCAAUCAGAAAAGGGCAUCAUUGUCUUCAGUUUUUGAACUUCUGUUCAAAUUUCAUUUGGCAAUACAUGUUCCUUUUCUGACUUAACAUUUUGGAUUUGUGGUGCAUGCUUGACCAGUCCAAGGUUCAGUUAUACAGGUUUCUUGUCUCUUAUUUGUAAAAAAGGUUCAUUUUUUUAGUAAAAAGGGUUCAUUUUUUUAGUAAAAAGGGUUCAUUUUUGGUGAGGAUUUCUCUUCCCUGUGCCCUCGGUUCCCUUAUCUUCUGCAUAUUGUGUAUGUUUGUUGUUUCGUCCCUUCAUUUGCAAACAGGGUAUGGGGCAUAAGAAUUUGUGCAUUAUACAACUGCACAGCAUCACUCCAUCUGUAAUAGUAAUAGACCGUUUAGGGGCAUACGGCCGGAGGUUGUGCACUGCACAGCAGCCUCGUGCAAUUUGAUGCCCAUUGUCACGCUUUCCUUCAUGAGCCAAUUUGGCUGUUUCAUCUGUAAUUUAUUUGUUUUCGCAAAAUCUCAGCACUCUACUGAGGUCACAACUUACAACACUCUUCUGAUCAUUAAUGAUCAGUGCCUUUUUCAUUUAAUUUUCUGGACUUAGAAUUCUUAUCUUGAUCAUGUGUGAUCAGUGCUCUUUCAGUUUCUUUUUUUUUCCUGGGCUCAGAAUUCUUCUUGGGAGUUGCUACUAGAAGAAGAAGCAAGUGUCAGCAGUGAAUAUAUGAGACCUCUGCUAUUUGGUAUGUUCUGAUAUCCUCCCCUGUAGGAAGGAAAACUGGAAAUGGAAGACUUUUUUUUUCUUUUUGGGCAGAUGGUCACUGCAUAUUCGUGCAAAUUGUAGAUUAAAUAUAUACAUGUUUGUUGCUAUUUUCCUUUCAAAGGGGUAGUUUUCGGCACUGUUUGAGCUACCUGCUCCUUUGGAAAUUCUGUUUAGGAUAAGUUCGUGGUGACGUCGAUCAAUUAUUCCUCUACUGAAAAUAUUGGAUCCGUUAUGCACCAAACUUAAUGCUGUACAAACUUUAGCGUGUUUAUGCAGUGGUGUGCUAUGUCCAUAAUUUUGUUCUUGGGGUAUGAUUAAUGGAGGACAGUUUGAGCAGUGAGUGAGUUGUUAGUACGAUUGACCAAGUAUGUACUUCGCCCACUAGAAAGUUGUACAAUUUACUUUCAGUACGAUCUCCUAGAUAAUGUACUGUAGUACUGCACUAGCUGUGUCUGACAGAUGCAUCUAAACUCUGUUGUUAGCAGCAUUUUAAGUCCAAGUCUGU